CCAUUCUGGCUCAAGCGUGGGCCCACUGGUGCCCCCCGAUUUCCCUCAGAGAGUCAUCCGUUCCAGGUCUUCCUCCAGCCGCCGUUGGGGUUUCGCUGCCGGCGAAUGAUCGGCAUCCUGUUGCAGCUGCUCGGCAUCGGUCUGCCGGGCGAGGGCUGCUUUGCUGUCCUCCUCGGCAUCUUCGCGGCGACCUGCGCGUUCUGCGGCCUCUACAGGUGCUCGAUGCUGAGGUGCCGAGACUGCUAUUGCUGCAAGCGCUUCAUGCGGGUCACGGGGACCGACAAGUUCGACGACUUUGAGGUCACCGUGGUGGUCCACGAGGCGCUGUUCACGGCGAGCAAGCUGAAGCUCUGCACGAAGGUCAGGAUCAAGGCUGGCCCCCACGUGGUGCUGACGGACGAGAGCUCCAAGGGGAUCUUCCAGCAGCCCCUCCAGAUCUUCGUGGAGCAGGGGACGCAGACCAUCGACGUGGAGCUGAUGGACAGCCGCGAGAAGAAGGUGCUGGCGGUCAAGAAGUUAGACGUGCUGAAGGACGUCCUGAAUCGCGAGGGAAAGGACAAGAAUCAAGACAUCUUUUACAGCAUGAAGCAGAAGAGCAAGGGGCUCCUCAACCCGAAGAUCAGGCUCACCGUGCUCUUUGAGGGCGACAGCGCGGCGGAGCAGGGCCUGCUGAAGCAGAUGCACUGCAGCCAGGAGUCCAACUUGGUGCUGCGGCACGUGCAGCAGAUGGCAGAGGACGCGUGCGACCUGCAGCACAGCAUGAUCGACGAGAACGGGGAGAUCAAGCCCGUGCCAAUGUCCGAGCUGGAGCUGCUCGUGAAGGGUUGCGCGGGGCCCGUGGACAAGUUCGGCAGCUGGGGCAGCAGGUCGACGGUCUACGUCGGCGUGCAGGGGCCUCCGGAUACCAAGAGGUUCACGCUGGGCAUCUGGAGGAGCCAGGGCGACCUAGCCAGCGGCGCCAAACCGGACACGGAGGUGGACUUGCUGAAGAUCCUCAGCGUCCAGCCCGACCCGCAUCCCAGGCGCUCGGAGGUCUUCGUUAUCCAGUACGUGGACCCUGCAGACAAACUGAAGAAGCGGCUGACGCUCAAGCGGCUCGACCGCAGCAGGGACGCCUGGGUCGAGAUCUUGACGCGACUGAUCAAGUUACUGCACGACGAGAAGGACGAUCCGCGACGGCAGCGGCCAGUUGAUCUCCCAGCUCCAGGCGCUCAGCAGGAGCCGCCCGCAGGCGCCAGCGGCGAUCCCCGUGCUCUUCUUCGAGGGCCGCCCCGGCAAGAGCGAGCGGCGAGAGAGGAACCGCGCGCGCGAUCCAGUGGGGCGGUUGAUUCCGCGCUGAGGAUGCUCUUUCUGUCGAUGCAGAGAGGGUGGGAGAUCGGGGUUUGUUUGUCGAUCGUGGGCAGCGGGCUCACUUCCUGCGGCCUCGUGCUGCAGAAGUACUCGCACGCGGAGAACGCCCGCAAGGGUCAGCCCGUCCUCUUCUUCCGGCAGCCUCUCUGGGUCGCGGGGCUUGUCGUGUUCAUGUGCGGGCAAGUCGGCAACGUCGUUGCCAUGACGAUGCUGAGUUGCCUGGGCGCCCUCUCGCUGGUGUGGAACGCGCUGUUCGCCUUCUUCCUGCUGGGGGAGCGCGUGCUGGCAGCGGAGCUUCUCUCGAUGCUGGGCAUGAUCGGGGGCGUUCUCAUGGUCAUCUCCAGCACCCCUGUCGUGGAGGAGCCGGUCCACAUCCACCGCAACAAAACAGUGAUGGACGUGGUGUCCACCCUGAUCGACAUUCAGUUCUUCGGGGUCGCCUUCGCUUUCGCGCUGAUGCUGACCGUGGGGAUCUUCGUCGUGCAGCGCUACAUGCCCGGGCUGGAGGCGAUCUACUGGGCCUUCGCCACGGCCGUGGCCGGUGGGUAUACCGUCACGCUGUUUAAGUGCACGGCCAAUGUGUUCGCUGGGGUGAGGUUUCCCUGGAGCGACGUAAGGUUCUACAUGGUUGUCGGCAUUGCCGUGGUACUCUGUCUCGCGCAGGUGCAUACACUUAAUCUGGCUCUCAAGAAGGGCAAUGCCGUCACCGUGGUUCCCCUCUACUUCUCCAUGGGCGUGCUGAUGCAGCUCCUGCAGGCGGAGGUGGCCUACGAGGAGCUGGACACGCUGUCUGGGCGCAAGAACGUGGCGAUCUUCAUUUCUGGGGUGGGGCUGGUGCUGGCGGGCAUCAUCGCCAUGGUCCGGGCGAAGAUCGCUGCGGAGGAGGAGGAGGGGCCAGCCUUGGAGGAACAGUGCGAGGAGGCGGCUCCGUGUAGCGAGAGCACGCGGCUCAUCGGGGCCGAGUUCGGCAGCAAGAAGCCCGGCAGGGCAGAGCGGCUCAAGAGCUUGUCGCACAUCGACCCGAACAUGUUCAAGGAAAGCUUCGGGGGCAGGGAGCGCAGGUACACGAUCUCGUUUACGGGCCCCGUCGCCAUCGGCUGA